GCGAAGGGGGUGGAAGCAGAGUGAGUCCCUUCCCCAGCCGCGCUGCGCUGCGUCGAGCUCCUGGCAGGGCAGCCGCCGCCUCCCCAGAACCCCAGUCCGGCUCUUCAGCCCCCUCCCCGUGCCUGCUCCAACGCCAUGGAGCCGGACGCUGCCGCCGUGGUGGCAGCCACCGUGGCAGCUGCUGAUGCACCCGCCACGGCCAGGGUGGGAGAGGACGAGCAGCCGGGGCCGUCUGCCUCGAGGGAAGUGGAGGAGGAGAAGGAGAAGGAGGAAAAAGAGGUAGAAGAAGAGGAGGAGAAGAAGGGAGCGGCCGCCCUGGCCCCUGAGAAGGGCGAGAAGAAGGAGAAAGCAGACCAAGCAAAGAGAUUUGAAUUUUUACUGAAGCAGACAGAACUUUUUGCACAUUUCAUUCAACCUUCAACACAGAAAUCUCCAACAUCUCCCCUGAACAUGAAAUUGGGACGUCCUCGAAUAAAGAAAGACGACAAGCAGAGCUUAAUUUCUGUUGGAGACUACCGCCACAGGCGCACAGAACAGGAAGAAGAUGAAGAGCUACUUACAGAGAGUCGAAAAACUUCUAAUGUAUGUGUUAGAUUUGAGGUGUCACCUUCAUAUGUGAAGGGAGGGCCACUGAGAGAUUAUCAGAUUCGAGGACUGAAUUGGUUGAUCUCUUUGUAUGAAAAUGGAAUCAAUGGUAUUUUGGCUGAUGAGAUGAAAGGAUUCACCAACUGGACUAAGAGAGAUUUCAAUCAGUUUAUUAAAGCUAAUGAAAAGUAUGGAAGAGAUGACAUUGAUAAUAUAGCUCGAGAGGUGGAGGGUAAAUCCCCUGAAGAAGUCAUGGAGUAUUCAGCUGUAUUUUGGGAACGUUGCAAUGAAUUACAGGAUAUUGAGAAAAUUAUGGCUCAGAUUGAGCGUGGAGAAGCAAGAAUUCAGCGAAGGAUCAGUAUCAAGAAAGCCCUAGAUGCCAAAAUUGCAAGAUAUAAGGCUCCAUUUCACCAGUUGCGUAUUCAGUAUGGGACAAGUAAAGGAAAGAACUAUACUGAGGAAGAAGAUAGAUUCUUGAUUUGUAUGCUACACAAAAUGGGCUUUGAUAGAGAGAACGUGUAUGAAGAAUUAAGACAGUGUGUACGGAAUGCUCCUCAGUUUAGAUUUGACUGGUUCAUCAAAUCUAGAACAGCAAUGGAAUUCCAGAGGCGCUGUAAUACUCUGAUUUCAUUGAUUGAGAAGGAGAAUAUGGAAAUUGAGGAAAGAGAAAGAGCAGAAAAGAAGAAACGGGCAACUAAAACUCCAAUGUCACAGAAAAGAAAAGCAGAGUCAGCUACUGAGAGCUCUGGAAAGAAGGAUGUCAAGAAGGUGAAAUCCUAAAGCAUAGAAAUAAAAUUUUAAAUGGGAAACUGCUAUUUUCUUGUUCCCAUCUUCAAAUGCUAAUUGCCAGUUCCAGUGUAUUCAUGGUACUCGAUGAAAAAAAAAUUCUCUUGGUUUUGAUUUCUUGCAUAUUUUUUAUAUUUUACAAUGCUUUCUACCUGAAAUGUGUAGCGUUAUAUUUUAUGCAUUCUAGUAUUUUUGUGUACUGUAUUUUGUGCAUUCCAUGUUUUCAUUGAAAUCCUCAGUCCUCGUUCUUUAAAAUCUUGUACUGAGGUUUUAGCUUUUCUAUGUUUUAUAUGCCGCUGCUUUGAAAGAGAACCUAGAUUCUAUAACUGUAUUAUUGUUGUUUCAUACUUUAAAUUUAUAUGGCUGUGGAAAAAUCAAUUAAAAUGAUUUGAGGAGAAAAA